AUGAAUUUUCUCUUGGUGGCCCUUCUGUCCAUAGGCCAUGCCUCGUGUGCACGACCGGGAAGUAGAUAUCCAGAAGACGCCACGGACAUCCUCGCCAAACAGGGCCUACGCAACUUGGAAAAAUAUCUGAAGCGAAACCCCGCUCAAGGAGGUUGCAGUAUCGAGACUGCUACGAAGCGAUAUGAAUGGGGCGAUCUAAGCGCACAUGAACGCAAGGACUACAUCGAUGCCGUGUUAUGCCUGCAGGCUCUUCCGCCGACUUCGGAUCCUACUGUCGUGCCGGGUGCGAGGAGCAGGUUUGACGAUUUUGUGGGCGUGCAUAUACAGAUGUCGGGUUCUGUACACGCCACGGCAAACUUCUUGACGUGGCACCGCUACUUCACCUGGCUAUACGAGAAAGCCUUGCGCGAAGAGUGUGGGUACAGAGGAUACCAGCCUUACUGGAACUGGGGCCGCUACGCAUCCGAUCCAAUCCACUCGCCCAUCUUCGAUGGCACCGAGACCAGUAUGUCUGGCAACGGCCUAUAUUCUCCGUACGACGGCGUGACGUUUCCGCUCUACCCACCACCGUACAACAUCCUCCCAGCCUCGGAAGGCGGCGGCUGCGUGACCACAGGCCCCUUCGCCAACAUGACCGUGAAUUUGGGACCCGUCUUUCCCGGCUUGCCCGACGUACCGCCCAACCCGCAAGCCGAUGGUCUAGGGCCUAACCCACGAUGUCUGCGGCGGGACAUCAACGUGCACGCCGCGCGGGAGACGACGACAAACUACACGGAGAGUCUCAUCGUCAACAGCAACAACGUGUACUGGUUCCAGACAACCAUGAACGGGCGCGCGGAGCUGGGCCAAUGGGGCGUACACACGUCAGGACAUUUUACGAUCGGCGGAGAUCCGGGUGGCGACUUCUUCGUGAGUCCUGGGGAUCCGGCGUUUUAUCUGCACCAUGGCCAAAUCGAUCGCGUGUAUUGGAUCUGGCAGCUGUUGGACCUGGAGAAUCGGUUGAGCGAUGUGGGUGGGACUAUCACUCCGGCGAAUUCACCGCCCAGUCGUAAUGGAACAUUGGACGAUGUGCUUGACCUGGGAGUGCUAGGUGAAGCUGUAAGACUCGGAGACGCAUUGGACACUGUAGGUGGUGUAGGGGGUAAGUUUUGCUAUGUAUAUGUCUAA